AGUCGGAACUUAAAAUUGAGUAAUUUAGAAAGAAGAAAUAGGCGCGGUUAUAUUGAAAGAAUGGAUAGUACAGAGCUCGAAAUAGUCUUCAAGAAGGAGACUGUCAGCAAAGUUUUGACGAUGUUCUUCAAGGACGAGAAAACCAAAGUCAGUAGUGAUGCUGUCAAUCUUAUGACCGAGAUGCUGAAAAUUUUCGCUGUCGAAGCGACACGGAGAUCCAUGAAACAGGCAGAAAAUGAAGACUGCGAUGUUGUGGAUUUGGAGCACGUUGAAAAAAUAUUGCCUGAACUGCUUUUGGAUUUCUGAUGAGUCACUAGAUGGCACUAUAGUUUUGACCAACGAGCAGUCUGGACUCUUGUCAGUUUGUAAAAGCAUAUUAAACACUUGUACUAUAGAUUUAUCCCACAGUCUUUAAAGAGUUGUAAUUUAUUGUAUGUUACCAAUAAAUUUAUGUACCACACACUGA